CGGAUCGGGCAGAAGUUGUUUACCUGGUCAGCUGUUCCCCGUCACGCAGUUGGUCCAUCGCGUGUCUUGCUCCCACCCACCCACACACACACGGGAACAGCACGCAGGGCCGCCCUAGAUGAUCAUCCUGCCCCUCCGCCAGACAGGAUGGAGAUUUAUCUUGUCGGCGAGAGCAUCACAAGUCCUUCCCGAGCUGUCGAGGCAGCAGUGCUGUGGUCUGUCCUCUGCGGAAGUCACCACAGCUUUGCGACCUUUCUACUUCUUGGUCCACCCUGACCUGUUUGCACAGCACCCGCGCGCCCAACACAUCAAUGAUGCCUCCCUCAAGCUCCUCAACAACCACAUCGACCUUCUCAUCAACGACCAGCGACCCAGUCCUGUCAGUCUUCAGUUCUACAUCAGAAAUAAGAAUAUGGAAGGCAACCUCCACACUGUUGACCUCCGCCUCAACAAGCCCUCCCUGCGAGACACUGUCCACGGGAUCCUCAGUGUCUUUCAUCUCCCCACCAAGUACGUGGACAGCCUCCCGCAGCAGCCCAACAAACCCGACAGGAAGAUCAUGUGGUCUCGCUCCUUUUAUGACAAUGCCACCAUCUUCAACCCAGAGGAGGAGCUGUCGACUGUGCAGAAAAAAGAUGAUCUAUACUCAUGGCUCGUCAAGAACAUGGGCGAGGCUGAGAAGCGACUGGCAGUGAGUGAGCCCGUACGGAAAGACAUCGCAAACCUUCAGAAACAGCUGGUGGAGGAGCUGGGGCUGACCAAACUCACAUGGCAGCGAGGCCUCGGCACCACACACCUGCGGGGCUGCCUUCAGGGCCUCCGCUCCCUCAUGAUGCACCACCAUGAGGUGAAGGACAUCAUCAGGGGCCGAGCAGUUCACUUUGGCAAUGAGACGGGUGUGAGCUUUGAGGGCGGCGUCAUUCUCAGCACCUCAGAAGUCCGGAAUCAGUGGCUCAAGCUGAUUGUGAAGCUUCCCGAGCAGGACGCAAUCUUACAGCGCAUUCCAGACAUGCAAAAGGCUGUGUCCAAUGCCUUGAGGGACAUUCAGAUCACACAGAGGAAGUACCAGUCCUACGUACUCUUGGAAAACUACAUCCAGCACCUGCGUCGUCUGGUCACAGCCCUUGGGGACUACCGAGGCCGUGACGCCUUCCCCAAGAAUUGGCCAGAGUCCCUGUCCUCCCUGCAGCUUGUGGUGGAAUCAGCUGCAGGACCCCUGAUGCUGUCCCCCACAGGUCAGAUUCUGGCUCCUUCCUCCUGCCCUCCAUGGCUUCUAGUCAACUUCAUCACAGAGAACAUGGAACAGGCAGAGAAAAUGAUCACAAACUACGAAGGCAUCAAGGACCGUGAGAAGCAGCUGUAUGAGGAGUGCAAGAGGGAGCUUGGCCUCGAGUUCUUAGAGAAGGAUGACUCGGUGAUGCCUGAUAUGAUGAUACAGUGUCUUGAGAGGCUCCUGAAGGCUGCCUACCGCCUCUCCCCGCUUCUGACCGGGGCAAGGCUCUGGGUGACGCACUACUACGCUGUCAUGCUGGAUGGGGAGGUGUGUGUGCCCUGGGACUGGGACACAGCGUGAGAGACACCAAGACAGACAGAGACACAGACACAGGCAGACAUACCGACAGCUCAAGACAGAUGCACACUGAAUUAGGGGCAAUCUACAGUUUGUGAUUUCCUUUUAUUAAGUACAGAGGGAGGGGUUGGAGUAAUGUCAACAAAGAAUGCUUGCUGCUCUUUCUCCA